AUGAUUAAGGAUCUAUGGACAAUGUUCUGUGGGGAAUCCAGUUGUCCAGACGCUGAUGGACAGCCAUGCAAUUUUGACUUUUUGCUCUUUAUUCAGCCAAAUUCAUGUAUCAACCAAGCGUUUUUCACUUGCUUUGAUAUUUUGCUCCUGGUCAUCCUCUCAUUCAAUUUGAUUCAGAAGUCAUCCUCAAAAAGGCUUCACAUUCCAGCACAUUUUCAACGUUUUACACCCAUGCAGAUAGUAGCUGCAGUUGUCAAUGGAAGCCUUGGAUUAUUGUAUAUUGGCUUAGGCAUUUGGAUUUUAGAAGAGAUGCUGAGGAAAACUCAGACUGCACUGCCUUUGAAUUGGUGGUUACUGGCAUUGAUUCAAGGUGUCACAUGGUUGGUUGUGAGUUUGACAAUAAGCCUAAGAGGAGGUCAUCGAUCACCAAUGCGGCUACUGUCCACUCUCACCUUUUUGUUCUCUGCAAUAGUCUCUGUUUUAUCUAUCUUCGCUGCCACACUUAGCAAAGAAAUAUCAAUAAAAAUAGCCUUGGAUGUUAUUUCUUUACCUGGAGCAUUGUUGCUGAUAUGCACCUAUAAGGGAAAUAAAUAUGAGUUGAGGGACGCAAAAAUUAGCCAAAGUGGUUUAUAUGACCCUUUGAAUAGUGAGGCCAAUGGCACUGGUGACAUUGAUUCUGUUGGCCAAGUAAGUCAAUUUUCUGAAGCCGGUUUCUUCAGUAAACUAUCAUUUUGGUGGUUGAAUCCAUUGAUGAAAAGGGGCUGGGAGAAGACUCUCGGGGAUGAAGAUAUACCCAGUUUGCGCAAGACAGAUAGAGCAGAAAGCUGCUAUCUUCAAUUCUUAGAUCAGUUGAACGAGCAGAAACAAAUCGAACCAUCAUCUCAACCAUCAAUUUUGAGGGCUAUAAUGAUGUGCCACUGGAGAGAGAUUUUGAUUUCAGGGUUCUUUGCUUUGCUAAAAAUUCUCACUGUCUCUGCUGGUCCUUUGCUACUUAAUACCUUCAUUGUGGUUGCUGAGGGAAAGAAAAGUUUCGUAUAUGAAGGUUAUGUAUUGGUCAUAUCACUUUUCCUUACAAAGAGCUUAGAAUCCUUCUCGCAAAGGCAGUGGUAUUUCAGAAGCAAACUAGUUGGUCUGAAAGUGAGGUCCUUGCUAACAGCUGCCAUUUACAAGAAACAAUUGAGAUUGUCUAAUGCUGCUAGGCUGAUGCACUCAGGUGGUGAGAUAAUUAACUAUGUCACGGUGGAUGCUUACAGGAUUGGAGAAUUCCUUUUCUGGUUUCACCAAACUUGGACGACAAUUCUUCAGCUUUUUAUUUCUCUCGUAAUUCUCUUCCGUGCAGUGGGGUUAGCAACCCUUGCAGCCUUGGUGGUUAUAAUUCUUACUGUGCUAUGCAACACUCCACUUGCAAAAUUGCAACACAAGUUCCAGAGCAAGCUCAUGGUUGCACAAGAUGAGAGACUUAAGGCUAGUACUGAAUCUCUUGUGAGCAUGAAGGUUUUGAAAUUGUAUGCAUGGGAGAACCAUUUCAAGAAGGCCAUUGAAAAUUUACGAAAGAUGGAAUAUAAAUGGUUAUCGGAAGUGCAGUUGCGAAAGGCAUAUAAUAGCAUUAUCUUUUGGUCAUCACCUGUCUUGGUUUCGGCUGCUACCUUUGUGGCAUGUUAUUUCCUCAAGAUUCCUCUAUAUGCUUGUAAUGUUUUCACUUGUGUUGCAACUUUACGUCUUGUUCAAGGCCCUAUAAGGAACUUACAUGAUGUUACGGAAGUUGUUAUUCAAUCAAAUGUUGCAUUUGCACGUAUUGUGAAGUUCCUGGAGGCACCAGAGCUAGAGAGUGCAAAUGUGAGGCAGAAGGAAAACUUGGAGAAUGUGAACCAUGCUAUUUUCAUUAAAUCAGCCAAUUUUACUUGGGAGGAGAAUUUUCUGAAGCCUACACUCAGGAAUAUAAGCUUAGUGGCUAGACCUGGUGAAAAGGUGGCUAUAUGUGGAGAAGUUGGUUCAGGCAAAUCAACCCUUUUAGCAGCAAUUCUUGGAGAAGUUCCAAAUAUUGAAGGAACAAUACAAGUUUAUGGAAAGAUAGCCUAUGUUUCUCAAACAGCUUGGAUCCAGACUGGGAGCAUACGAGAGAACAUUUUAUUUGGGUCUGCUAUGGAUAGCUAUAGAUAUCAAGAAACGCUUGAAAGGUGUUCUUUGGUCAAAGAUCUGGAAUUGCUUCCUUAUGGUGAUCACACCGAAAUAGGUGAAAGAGGAAUUAAUUUAAGCGGUGGACAGAAGCAGAGAAUUCAACUUGCUCGAGCUCUCUAUCAGGAUGCUGAUAUAUAUCUCUUGGAUGAUCCAUUCAGUGCGGUCGAUGCUCAUACUGCUACAAGUCUAUUUAAUGAAUAUGUUAUGGGAGCACUUUCAGAAAAGGCAGUUUUGCUUGUGACUCAUCAAGUUGAUUUCCUGCCCGCAUUUGAUUCUGUUUUGUUAAUGUCUGAUGGGGGAAUCAUGCGGGCAGCUACAUAUAAUCAAUUAUUAUACACAAGCAAAGAAUUUCAGGACCUUGUCAAUGCACACAAAGAAACUGCUGGUACUGAGAGACUUGCAGAGGUUACUUCUCAGAAGCUUGGUACAACUGCUAAAGAGAUCAAGAAGGGCUAUGUGGGAAAACAAUUUACAGGAUCCAAAGGUGAACAGCUGAUAAAACUAGAAGAGAGAGAAAUGGGAGACACAGGGUUCAAGCCAUACAUUCUGUAUUUGAAACAGAACAAAGGCUUUUUCUUCUCCUCCGUGGCAGGUCUUUCUUACCUUAUAUUUGCAAUUGGUCAGAUAUCACAGAACGCUUGGAUGGCUUCCAAUGUUGACAAUCCUCAUGUUAGCACACUGCGGUUGAUAGUCAUUUACUUACUGAUUGGAUUUAGCUCAACACUGUUUUUGGUGUGUAGAUGUCUCUCUACUGUUGUUUUAGGUCUUCGAUCGUCACAAUCUUUAUUUUCACAGCUUUUGGAGUCCCUUUUCCGUGCACCUAUGUCAUUUUAUGACUCCACACCGUUGGGAAGGAUACUUACUCGGGUCUCCUCUGAUCUGAGUAUUGUUGACCUUGAUGUCCCAUUUAGUAUAAUCUCUGCUAUUGUGUCUACCAUAAAUGCUUAUACAAAUCUUGGAGUUCUAGCUGUUGUCAACUGGCGAGUUCUAUUUGUCUUAAUGCCAGUAAUUCUGGUGGCUAUUCGGUUGCAGAAAUAUUAUUUUUCUACGGCAAAAGAAUUGAUGCGCAUCAAUGGCACAACAAAAUCCUUGGUGGCAAAUCAUUUGGCUGAGUCUAUUGCAGGGGCCAUGACAAUAAGGGCCUUUGAGCAGCAGCAACGGUUUUUUACUAAGACCCUUGAUCUAAUUGAUACCAAUGCUAGUCCUUUCUUCCACAAUUUUGCGGCAAAUGAGUGGUUGAUUCAAAGGAUAGAAAUACUAAGUGCAGCUGUUAUCUCCUCAGCAACACUUUGCAUGGUUUUACUUCCUCCAGGAACUUUUAGCCCUGGAUUUAUUGGGAUGGCACUUUCUUAUGGUCUUUCACUGAAUGGUUACCUCGUUAUCUCAAUCAGACAACAGUGUACUUUAGCAAAUCAUAUCAUUUCUGUAGAAAGACUAAACCAAUACAUGAAUGUACCAAGUGAAGCCCCUGAAGUGAUAGAAGACAAUCGCCCCCCACCCGACUGGCCUACUGUGGGUAAAGUGGAUAUUUCUGAAUUACAGAUCAGAUAUAGGCCUGAUGCGCCACUGGUCCUUCGGGGCAUCAGCUGCACAUUUGAAGGAGGGCACAAAAUUGGCAUUGUUGGCCGAACUGGCAGUGGAAAGACUACUCUCAUAGGCGCUCUAUUUCGAUCAGUGGAGCCUGCAGGAGGGACGAUUAUAGUAGACGGUGUUGACAUAAGUAAGAUCGGGCUUCACGACCUGAGGUCGCGUUUUGGUAUAAUACCUCAGGAUCCUAUACUUUUCAAUGGGAAUGUGAGAUAUAAUUUGGAUCCUUUAUCUCAAUACACAGACCAAGAAAUAUGGGAGGUUCUUCGAAAGUGUCAGCUCUGGGAAGCUGUCCAGGAGAAAGAAGGGGGCCUUGACUCGCCAGUUGUGGAAGAUGGAUCAAACUGGAGCAUGGGACAAAGGCAAUUAUUUUGUCUGGGGCGAGCACUUUUAAGGAGAAGCCGGAUAUUGGUGCUAGAUGAAGCAACUGCAUCAAUUGACAAUGCAACUGACACCAUUUUACAGAAAACUAUUAGAACAGAAUUUGCAGAUUGCACUGUGAUCACAGUGGCUCACAGGAUACCGACCGUGAUGGACUGCACCGUGGUACUCACCAUUAGUGAUGGUAAGUUAGUGGAGUAUGACGAGCCAAUGAAGUUGAUGAAGCGGGAAGGUUCUCUGUUUGGGCAGCUUGUGAAGGAAUACUGGUCUCAUUUGCAGUCCGCAGAAUAACACCGAAGCUAAAAAAGUGUUAAGUAGGAAUCUUUAGCAUUGAUCACUGUGCUAUUUCAGGCGAAAGAAAGUUAUUGAUGAGAUUUUUCGUUACCAACUUAAUUUGUGCUAAUUAGGAUAUGAUAACAGUCUCGGGCGGGAAAAUCUAUCAGUGUUCCUUGAUUGUUAGUCUUGUGGUUGUCGUUAGUCGAAAUGGCUUAAACAGUUUCAUCCGAAGAGAUGCUUCUUGGAUAAUUAUCUUUGCUGGAGAACACUGUUUAACAAGAUCUAUAACAAUUGCUAAGAACAAGAGGAACAUUUUUUU